AUGGCGGUCGGCGUAGACGAGGAAGCCAUCUACAACAAAUCCACCUCGCUGCAGACCUGGCUACUGGGAUACAAGCUGACCGAUACGGUUACGGCACUGUGCAAAAAGUUAUUCUUUUUCCUGACCAGCAAGAAGAAGAUCGACUUCUUGAAGCAGAUCGAGAAGGACUGUGAGGAGGGCAUUCCGUCGGUGAAGCUGUUGGUUCGGGAUGAGAACGACAAAGGCAAGGCCAAUUUUGAUAAGCUGCUGGAGGCGAUCAAGGGAUCCAAAGAUGGCCAAACGUUCGGCGUCUUCUCCAAGGAAAACUUCCCGGGUGAAUUCUGUGAAUCGUGGCGAGUCUUCAUCAAGGACAAGAGUUUCGACACGGUGGACAUCAGCGUCCCAAUCGCAUACAUCAUGUUCUCCACGGAGGACUCCGAGGUUAUCACCAUCAGACG